AUGAAUGAUGCUUCCACAUUAAUUAACAAAAAGUCCGAUAAUUUCAUGAUCAAGAUCAAGUCAAAGAUACCGCCAUUACCUCAGAUUCGAACCACCUUAAAAGCAACUAUUGCGACCCUGAUCAGUCUGAUCUUUGUCUUGAAUAAUAAUACAAGAGCGUCGAUAGGCACUGCUAGCACUCUAGUAACACUGGGUACCCUACUGUAUUUUCCGGUCAAGCCAAUUGGAACACACAUUAAAAUAGCCAUACAGGGAGUGCUGAGUGCUUCAAUAGGAGCAGCAUGGUGUUUGUCGGGCAACUACGUUGCCAAUCUUGCUAGAAAUCCAGCCGUUGCAAACCCUAUACAGCCAGCAUCUAGUGCAGUAUCUGCUGUAUUCUGUACCGUGUUGGUGUUUGUCAUUGCCUAUGUCAGAACUAAAUACCCGCAAAUCUACUUUGCAACCAUCUUUGCUGGCAUGAUUGGCUCUUUUGCUCUUACUGUAAAUGCUUCAGCUCCUGGAUUUCAGACGAGUAUUACGCUGAAUUUCUUCAAACCUUUACUAUUUGCAUCUGCUAUAUCGUUACUAGUCAAUGUGCUUAUAUGGCCUGAAGACAGCGCAACGCAUUAUUUCCAAGUGCUGGAUCAGACAUUGCAAGAUUACUGCUCGUUUUAUCAAGAAACAGCCAAGGCAUUUAAAGCAUCUCAGCUGCUGGACGUUGAAAAGAGGCCCUCGUUCUCAAAAUUACACGCCAAACUGCAAGGAGCACUCAUCAAAUUGGUCGACAGUCAACACGACGCAGAAUUCAUUGUCUUUUACAGCAGACUCUCGCAAUCAGAUAUCCGUAAUGUAACACAAAAAGUGAAAGAGAUGCGCACGCCGUUGCAUGGCAUUGGUGUCAGCUUGUUGUGCAAAACCCAAACAGUCUCUGAUGACGAUAAGAAGGAUCAGACAUCAAGAAAUACACCUGUGGAUGUUGAAUUGGAGGAGGCAACGGAUGACUUGAUUCAGGCAUCUAUCACGGCUUUGAAGGAAUGCAGUCUACGAGUGGAUACGUUCAAGGAAAGACCUCGCUCAUUGAAAAGUACUAUAUUAUGGCCAUUCCCUCGCCUUUUUGUAUCCAGACCUACAUCCACCAUGGAAUACACCAUGUCCUCUGAAAGCAUGGAGCCCUUUAUAUCAGCAUUUCAGAACGCAACACAAAAAUGGCGCCUGAAAAACAACAAGCAAGAUAUGACACAGCAAGUUGCCUAUCUAUUCCAAUUCAACCUGUUAGGAUUCGCAAACAGUAUUCAGUCAAUCGUGUCACUCAUUGAAAAAUUGGAUUUAACAAGGCCUCAGAGAAGAAAGUUUUGGUUUCCCAGGAUGUCCUUAAAACGAUGGCUCAAACCAUCAGUCAGUGAUAAGGCUCAGUUGGGUGGACAAAUCAGUUCUCGUAUUUCGGUUGCUGAAAGUAGCUUGUUUGGAGGAAGUAGCACUGACGAUAGUGAUUUCAGAAAGGAGCAAGAUAGCGAGCUGGGCCUCACACAUGGCAUACCUCAAUCCAAAUUUGAGCAAGAAAAUGACCAGGAAGAAGACGCUUAUGUCUGUGCUAUGAAUCGUACCAACAGACCAUGUCCUCGAGACCCAGAUGUUGAUGCUCCCGUGACAUUUACAGAGAAAUUCUUUGAUCACCUAAGCAAAUUCUUUGACUGGAUUUACAGCAUGGAAACGAUAUUUGCAGUCAAGACAGCAGCAGGAUUCAUUAUUCUAUCUAUUCCGGCCUAUCUCCCUCAAAGCGUCGGUUGGUUUACUAGUUGGGGCGGGCAGUGGGUUGCCAAUACACUACUGAUGUGGAUGAUUCCUAUGGCUGGCAUGUUUAAUUUUACACUGGCUUUUGGUCUUUUAGGGACACUGUGUGGUGGUGUUUUGAGUAUCAUCGUCUAUGAGAUUGCCAGAGGAAACCCCUAUGGUCUAGCAGUACUGACAUUUGUUGUUAUGCCUCCUUUCCAUUACAUGUUCUUCACAAACCCGUCCUAUAGCUUCUUUUCUGUCAUGACUCAAUAUGCCUACUUGAUGAUUAUCACUACUGGAUACCAGACUUCCCUCACCGGAGGUGAUCAAACAAAUGUGAUUGAAAUUGCAGCUGGAAAGCGAAUGAUGUAUAUUGUGCUCGGCAUUGUAGGCUCCUUUCUCAUCAAUCUGAUUCCACGUCCUGUCACUGGUCGAGUAGAGCUUCGAAAGAGAAUAGCACGAACAUUUUACGACAUGAGUGUUGUGUAUGGCAUCAUUUUCUCGGAUAUUCUGUCCAGCCACAACAAUGGAUCACCCUCUACAACCUCAAACCAGAUCAAGGCAUUCAGACAGCUCACUGUACAUCUUCAAAGACAAUUGAAAGAUGAGCAAACGUAUUUGAUGCUGUCCAAGCUUGAGCCGCCAUUGAAAGGAAAGUUUCCCUUUGCUACCUAUCAAACACUGAUUGAGAAGCUCAACAACAUGGCUGAUCUGCUCGAAGGCAUGGCGUAUACCUCUCGAUACAUGGAUGAAAGCUGGAGAAGUCGGCUAAUCCAUGUGUUGAAUGAAGAAAAACUGGAUUAUGUUGCCUGUCUUUUGACAAUCAUGCGUCAAUUAUCUGCUACGUUGCUCGCCAAGGUGCCUUUACCACCCUAUUUGAUCUCCCCCAACGAUCUCAAAGAAAAGCUAUCUCAAAAGCUGUGUGCUGUCAUUGCCAUGCAUCCGGAACAAGUUCAAAACGACACUUAUCCUAGCUAUUGUGCAUAUUCAGUGGCUUCUUAUAUAUUCACCCAGGAAUUGAAUGAAGCAGCUGCCUGUGUUGAGGAACUGUUGGGCGUAGAAAACCCCCAAACUUGGCUAUCUAAACACGCUUGA